AUGUCAGUCUCUAAGAUUGCCGGCUUGUCGCGAUCCCUUUACGCCCCGCCUCGCUCCCCCGCCGGGUCUUACGUCACCAAUCCCCGCGCCGCAUCAUCAUCUGCGUCGAUCUCAAGGGGCGCCACGCGCUUGGCGUCACAAUCCCGCCGAAACGCCCUCCCGCGGUUCCCCCUUCUAGCAUCCCCCGCCGUCCCUAAUUCCGACACUUACAUAAGACUCGGUAGCAGCAGCAGCCGCACCACCAUCACCACCAGCAUCGUCAACGGCAUUCGCAUUGUCAAGUUCGUCCCGACCCAAGCAUCCCUCGCAGACCCCUCCUCUCCAUCUCCCUCGUCCUCCCACUCCCCGCCUCACUCCUCCCCGCCACCCACCACCUCCUCCGCCGCCUCCGCCGCUGCCUCCCCGCGUUUUUCCGCUCCCGCCGCGAAAGGCAUCGCUAGGGGCAGGCAGGCCGCCGCCGCCGCGGCGCCUGACGGCGGCGCGACAGAGACAGUUGUCGGGCCGCGUUUCGAGUUCGUGUCGUCUCCACCGUACGAUCGGCAGCGGAGAGCGCGAGAGCCGUCGGUGGAGGAGAUGCGGGAGGUGCUACUGGGCGGCGAGGUGGGGCAAGCUUUAGACGGACGUGCGGCCAGGGCGGGGCCGAGUCCCGUGGCUGAGCUGUCAUACGAGCUCGUGCAAGGCGCACUGGUGCGUUGGUCGGAGGACCGCACUCGCCGCCAGCCCCCUCCCCCCACAGCAGUGCUCAUUCACGGCAUUCUAGGCAGCGGCAAGAACUGGGGCUCGUUCGCCAGAAGGCUUGCUACCGAGUUCCCUGCCUGGCAGUUCCUGUGUGUGGACCUGCGCUGCCACGGGGCGUCCACAGCAGCAUCGAGGCACCUGGCGCCACACUCAGUGCACUCUGCUGCUAAGGACGUGCUGCACCUGAUGGGUCGUCUCCGCAUCACCCCCCGCAUUCUCAUCGGCCACAGCUUCGGCGGCAAAGUGGCUUUAAGCAUGAUAGACCAAGCAGCCAAGCCCAUGCCCAGCGCUAUCAAGGUGUGGGUGCUGGACGCUACACCGGGCAAAGUGAGGGCCGGAGGUGACGGGGAGGACCAUCCAGCUGACCUGAUCGACGCACUCAGAGGCAUGCCACCCCUGAUUCUGGAUCGCAGCGAGGUGGUGAACACCCUCCUCUUGCAGGGCUUCUCCAAGCCCAUCGCGCAGUGGAUGACCACCAACCUGUCCAAGACGCUCCUGCCUUCACUAGAUCUCGUGCGGGACCUGCCGUCUUCACAACAGCAGCAGAAGCAUGAGGAGGCGGCCAGGGCAGCGAGUAAAGGGCAGGCGGCGUAUGGGUGGGCUUUUGAUCUGGAGGGGAUUUCUCAAAUGUACUCUUCUUAUGAAACGACAAACUUGUGGCAUCUAGUGGAGGACGUGCCAGAGGGAGUGCACAUCAACUUCCUCAGAGCAGAGAGAUCGCUGCACCGGUGGGCGCGGGAUGACAUUCGGAGGAUAGUGGGAGCAGAGCAGGAGGCGAUGGGGCAUGGCGCUGCUGUGAGGAUGCACGUGCUGGAAGAUGCCGGGCACUGGGUCCACACCGACAACCCUGAUGGCCUUUUCCAGAUGCUCGCGCCUUCCUUCGGCCCCUCGCGCUUCAGAGAUCAUUAG